AUGCCGUUUUUAGCGAUUCGAAUAAAAUAUACUGCGAGAGUAAAUUUCCCGAAGAACAAGAUAAAUAAGAAAGGGGUUUCUGUAGAAAUGGAGUUGCGUGAGACAGACAACAGUUCGCCUAGAGGCGCCUCUUCCCAAUAUCCGGAGCAGCUCCUCUUUGUGGAACAGCAGUUCCAUCUUAAUAGAACAUCCAUCUCUCUCCUAUUGGCAUCUUUAGGUCGCUAG